AUGGUCACAAAAACGUUGUGUCUGUGUGACAUUAUCCAAACCGAACGAAAACUGCUAUCAUUUUCAGGGUUCUAUCCGCGAAGAGACAACACAGGCAUUUUUUUCUACUUUACACGAGCUUUAAUCAACACUUUGGUCACAUUUCUGCAACUAUUCUCAAUGAUUGGUCAAAUGGUCAUCGACAGAAAAGACUUGUCGAAACUUACAGACACUCUGUUAUAUUUUAUGACCCAUGUUACGUUUCUGGUAAAAUUGAUAAAUUUUGGGUACUACCGACGGAACUUGUUGACAAUUGAGGAUGAUCUACGUGCCGGAAUUUUGUACUCUUUUUCCAAAAAUCAACUAGGAAUUUUGAUUUCUAAAAUUGACUCUUGUAACAUGAUUGCGAAAAUAUUUAGACUGUCGUGUGUGCUAUGCAUUCUUUUCUAUUCUUUUUUACCAUUACUGGGAGAAGAAAAGGGUUUGCCGCUCCCGGGAUGGUUGCCUUACGACACCGACAAAUUUUACUACGAAACUGUAAUUUUCCAAAAUUUCAGCGUCUGCGUCACGGCUUUUAAUAACUCAACGAUUGAUAUUUUGACUUGGAAGUUGAUUACAAUAGCGUCUGGGGAAAUGGAGAUUUUGAAAGUAAAUCUGAGGGACUUAGUCCACAAAGAUGCAAGCAAGACUAAGAAAAUUUUUAGAAGUUUUAUAGAACGACACAACGCACUGAUUAAUUUGGUGCACAAAAUCGAGUUCGUGUUCUCCAAGGGAAUUUUCAUGCAGUUCUUGUCCAGUGUCAUCAUCAUCUGUUUCACCGGUUUUCAGCUUCUUGUUGUUCCAAUGGCCAGUAUUCAGUUUGUGUUUUUGGUAAUGUAUUUCUUCUGCAUGAUGUGUCAAGUCGCCAUGUAUUGUUGGUACGGUCACGAAGUGAUGACAACUAGUGACGAACUGGGUAAGUUCUGCUACAUGUCUAACUGGUACGAUUCUGACAUCAACAUUCGGAAAAGCAUUACGAUUUUUCUAGAAAAGACGAAGAAGCCGGUGGUUUUAACGGCAGGAAAAUUUGUUACGUUGUCUCUUGCGACGUUGACGGGCAUUCUGCGAUCGUCGUAUUCUUAUUUUGCUGUAUUGCAACAUCUGUACCAACAAGAUUCUUAA